GCGGUACUGAGGCGCACUCGAACUUGGGGGACGAGACUUGAUCGAUCGCGGCAGUCUUUCGUAUCUUGCCAGCGCGAAAGGAGCAAUCGAUCGAGUGAUUAGUGUGAUACUUUCCGGAAGUGUGCGAUGCGCCCGUACCGGCGGCUCCUCCUUGUCGGAGUUGCUAUCGCUCAAGUAACCACUUGAGGCAUCGGCAAGUGCGUUUUCCCAAACGAGAGCGUUUUUCUCAAACCCUGGACUCGGAAAAACCCCGGUGUCGGGAGUGUACCCUGGUCGUUAGUCCCUGGUCACGGACGGAUUAAAGUGCUCAUCGAUUGUACGGAUGCAGGCGUUUGGAUCUCUUCCUGCGCAGUGAUCUUUUGUCGGGAAAAGAGAUUACCCGCCGCUGUCGCCCGCGACGCUGCCUCCAGCAUCAUGGAUUAUUCGAAGAAAGUGGUUGAAACCGAAAAUGGACCUGACCAAGAGCAAGAGAAUGAAACACCGGUUGAUGCUGCAUCACCAUCAUCAAGUACUGAGCUGUCGGAGACUGGUGCGCAUCCAUGCCCGACGUGUCCGUCGGUGUUUUCCACCUCUCACGAACUGACGAAUCAUCUGCGCGGUCACAACUCGCCUCGUAGCACGGACUGCAGUGGCGAGGAAGACUACAGUUGUGGUGUUUGCAACAAGGUGCUCAGCUCGGCUAGCUCACUCGACGAGCACGUGUUAAUGCAUUCGGACGAGCGAUCGUUCAAGUGCAAGCACUGUGACAUGUCGUUCACGACAAACAGUAACAUGAACCUACAUGUGAGAUGUGCUCAUCGGGCGGUGUCGCCGAACAGCUGCACAGACUCCGAGGGCAGCAGUGGCUCAGAGAAACCAGCGACAACGAACCAAGAUGAGUACAACAACAACGAACUUACUGAGCGCAACUCGCCAGAUCUGAUGGACGAUCGGCAACAGGCGUCGCCCAGUAACCAUACGAUUAAACGGAAGAGAUCGAAGGAGGAUACGAGCGACGUGGAGGACCAAAGGCACCACAAGAUCCUCAUAAACAACGCCAGAAUGAUGAUCAGAUGCCGGCCGGAGGAGGAGCAGAAAGUCUUCAGUUGCUUGAUCUGUGGCCGACAGGAUUUCGUGACCAGCGCGCUCCUGAAGUCCCACGUGGAGCGGAUGCAUCCGGGUUCUCCAGCGAAAUGCGAUAUCUGCAACCUGUCCUUCAAGAAUCACCGCGUACUGAACCUCCAUCGUUCCAUGAGGCACUAUAAAAAAAACUCGGACGGCAACAACAGCCGGAACCUACGUAACUCCGUGGACGGCUUCAAAGAUCUGACAUUCAUCGACUUCUCAGCCAUCAAGUUUCCGACGAUCGCCCGGGCGAUGUGCGAGCGGGAGUUGCACCGGCCGGCUUCUGGCGAGGCGAACAGGUUCCAAUGCAUGAAGUGCCAGCACGCGUUUCCCUGCAGGGAAGCCCAGCUGGCUCACGAGAAAGAAUGUAGGGGUCCCUACAAAAACAAGAGGAACAGCAACGACAACAACAAUAAUUACGACAACAGCACCAAUAACAAUCUCGAAACAGAGCUGGACGUCUCGCCGCCGCAGCUGGAUGAUCCUAAAACGAGGCGCGAGAAGUUCUUCGCUGUGCUAGAUCUGCAAAAUAAGUCCUCGGUGCAGGAAUCGAAAGAGCUGAGAGACGCGAAAGAGGCCAAAGAGCUGAAGGAGAUCAAGGAGCCUAAAGAGGCCAAGGACCUAGCCGACAUCCCAAGCAUCUUAUCUGUCAGUCUAAACGGCCUGCAAACUUUUCCUCGCUCGGACACCAGCACGCCUGAGAACAACGUUAAAUUUAAUCCGAGUGUCAGUUCCUCAGGCUCAUCGGGCACCUGCUCGUCCGAGUACAAUGAAGAGGAAGCGCAAGAUUCUUUCACCGCGGAAUUUCGGAAGAUGAAGUUGAAGGGUGAGUUCCCUUGCAAACUGUGCACGGCAGUAUUUCCCAAUCUGCGGGCACUGAAGGGCCACAAUCGCGCGCACAUGAACGUGGAACCGGGAACGCCGUAUCCAUGCAACAUGUGUCCCUUCAUUAGCAGCGACAAGGGGAGCUUGUCGAAGCAUCUGAGAUCGCACAAUGGCGAUCGGCCGUUCGAGUGCUCCCUCUGCAACUACGCGUUCACUACCAAGGCGAAUUGUGAGAGGCACGUGAAGAACCGUCAUGGAAUGAUAAGCAAGGAAGACGUCAAGAACGCGUUGAUCUAUCAUCCAAGUGAGGACUCGACGAACGAAAACGUCGAGAGAAGUUCGCCGAGAGUCGUUCGGGAGGACGUGCGGAAAACGCUCAUUUAUCCGAAUGAACGUGAGGAAGCCUCGCAGCAACAACAAAUGCAUUAUCCGCCUGUGCCGCUGGACAGUAAUCCUGGACCAUCGAACGCUCGUGCCGAUGUGUUGAACUGCUAUGAGAAAUCGGAAAUGUUCUCCAGGCCGACGAAGAUGCAAAUGUUUAACGUCGUGAAGAAAAGUACCGAGGACUCGAACGUGUCUCACGAUCUGGUCGCGAAGCCUAAUUACUCAAAGAUCGACGAGGACGUGGAAUCAAGAUCAUCGGAUGGGAGCGUGUCUCUAGUCAAUGAUACCAAAACGGAUCCGCACCAAAGAAUUCAAGCUAGUCCGAUGAACUUGUCGAAACCCUCAACGAGCUCUGUGUCGAAUUCCGGAGAGGACGGGCCGUUGGAUCUUUCGAUGGAUCCUCUGGAUCUGAGCAAGAAACGGAAGAGGGAGAGCGAAGAUAUCGGGUCUCAGGAUGAGAAACGGUACAAGAACAACCAGCAAGAAUUGUACGCCACGAAUCAAGCGUUGCUUUUGACGCAAGCUUUGUUAAACAGAGCUCGCGAGAACUCUCCGACAUCGUUGGAUUCUUUUUACGCGAAUACUAUUUAUCGCAAUCUUGGCACACUAACGGCUGGUGCAGUGGGCGCAGGUAUGAUAUCACCUUAUUUCCUCAAUCCUCACAUGUUCAACCAGGAACUGGCCGCGAAAGGCAGACUGCAAAAGGAAUUAGUUAGGGGUUUGCAAUUGACCGGCGGCGGUGCUCUCUCGGUAGAUCCGUCGUUGCCUAGCACCAGUUACGCAGCUUAUACGCAGGCAAGAGACGUUGCUCCGCCAGCUACGAGCGAGCAAACCGCUUAUGCGAAUCUAAUAAGCGCGCAAAUGGCUAACCAGACCACGUCGAGCCGCGAGAAAACGGAUAGUAACAUCUCAUCAAACGAUUCUGUUAAAAUGGUCAUCAAGAACGGAGUGUUAAUCCCCAAGCAGAAACAACGCAGAUAUCGAACUGAGAGACCCUUUGGCUGUGAACAUUGCUCGGCGAGAUUCACUCUAAGAAGCAACAUGGAACGACAUAUUAAGCAGCAGCAUCCUCAGUACUGGAGCCAAAGACCUCGCGGUGGACACUCCACCAGAGGCAGACCGCCCGCGAAUCAUCCAACUGUGGUACAGAAUUCUGCUCCGUCGACUUCACAGGUGGCUCAGCCAUACCCGAACAUUCCCUCAAAUAUGGAUUCGUCGAUGAUUUCGUCGGACUACAACAAGCAUCCUAUCUCGGACCAAGUGAAAUACGCAAUUCUUGCGCAGCAAUUAAAAGCUAAUAAAAUAGAGGAGAAUGAUACGGACGACGAAAUGGUUAUAGAUGAGGAGGAAGGCGUUGAGGAACCACAAACUCAGCACGAACCUAGUACGAGUUUACUGAGAGACCAAUUAGAGAAUAACGAGGACGUCAAAGAUGUUGCCGUGAAGACGGAAGCGGUAGAGUCUACCGAAGAAACUUCGGAGGAGUCCCAUAACGAACAGGCCGCGCACAAUAGCGUCGAUGAGACAGCGAAGCCGGAAGAAUCCGCGGCAGAUGAAAGCGAAGAAGUGAUGCAACCUGAAGAAGCGGCCGUAAAGACAGAACCUGUCGAAAAAGAACAAGGUAAACUCGAGGACGGGACGCCCGAUCUCGCGAGCGUCUCGAAACUCUUGGACAACGCCUCUCAGCAAUACCAGCAAUUUCAGCCGCAGUAUUUGAGCGACGAGGAAGGUCCCGUGGCCUCGACCAGCGGCAACAAUUCCGGUAGCGAGAAAUCCGACUCCCUCACCUCGGGAAAUGAUUCCUCGUCGAGCAAGAAGAGGAAAAAGAAGAAGAAGUCCGCGUACUCGAUGGCACCUAAUCGAGUGAUAUGUCCCUUCUGCCAGCGUCCGUUCCCUUGGACCUCGUCAUUGAGACGACACAUCCUCACUCACACUGGCCAGAAGCCGUAUCAAUGUGCUCAUUGCUCACACCAUUUCACCACGAAGUCCAACUGUGAUCGUCAUCUUCUGAGGAAACAUAAAACCAAGGCAAAUAAGAUGCGACGAAGAAACAACUCCUCCUCACCGGACGUCCAGCUAGCAGUGAACAACAACAGCGGCAACAACAGCAGCGGUAACAACAGCAAUACGUUCUCCAUGAGAAACGUACCUGAGAGACCGUACAAAUGCAAUCAGUGCCCGAGUUCGACGUUUUCCACGUUAGGCAAUCUGAAGAAACAUCGAACGACGAAGCAUCGCAAGGCUAGUUGCAGAUCGGAAUCUAGCGAUCAGCAAAACAGUCCACCGCAAUGCUCCGCGCAGAACGAUCAGAGCGAUUACGAGAGCCGGUCGUCGAGCACGUCUGAGAACAUGGAAAACUCGUGCACCAGUGGAACUACGAGGUCAAAUCGUAACACGUCCCCUCCAGUGAACGAGAUCAGCAAAUCGCGUAGAUCACCGAGAUCAUCGCCAGGUCCUGGCGACGUUCCCUUCAAAUGUUACCUCUGUGAGAGCGGCUUUCAGGAGCGACAAGAUUGUUUGGACCAUAUCAAAAUUAAUCACGAGCGCUCAUACGAGAUGCUGAUGGCUAAAGGCGCUCUCGAACAUAUGAGCAUAGACGCGAACGAAGAUCAGAUAUCAGCAGCGCAGCAGCAUCCCAGCGACGGCGAAGAAAAAAAAGGAAGAAACUUUCCCGACUAUAGCAACAGAAAAGUAGUGUGUGCUUUUUGUAUGAGACGAUUUUGGUCCGCGGAGGAUCUUCGCCGUCACAUGAGAACUCACACGGGCGAGAGGCCUUUUAAAUGCGACAUCUGCUGCAGGAAAUUCACGCUGAAGCACAGCAUGCUUCGCCACCGCAAAAAGCACGAAUCAGUGGACUCUGCCAUGUACAUAGGAAACAGCGGCGACGAGGAGAACACGCCCGCGCAGCCGCCGACGAUAACUCCCAGGAGUCAGCAGCAUUCACCGAUCCCGACGAACACCAGCAGACCCCGUACCCAGGAUAGAAUCUCUCUGCCGACAGUCGCAGCGGUCGCAACAGCGGACGCAGCACCCUGCGCACUGAUGCGAUAUAAUCACUAUGAUAAUAUGGCCACUCUUACUGGUAGAAUGGCAAACGACGGCUCGCAGAGCGCUGCUCCGGCCUCCUUGCCUUUCCCAGCUCCUCCCGCGGAAGCGCCCAGCGAGAGCGGAGACAAUGACCUGAUCUCCAAUUUACUAGGAAUACGCGAAAAGGGUUUACUCGACAAGGUUCUUUUGAGCUCGGCGGACGACGCAGCGAAGUUAUUGGGCGUAAAACACAGCGAGUAAUAAAUGAUCGAUCGGAAUUUGGGAAAGCGGAGCGCGAUCAGACACACGUGGCCAUAUGAGAAUGCGUAUGUGAAUCACACAUAGCUACAUAUAUUUAUAUAAUUUUAUUAUAUAAAUAUUGUAUAGAUAUAAAUCAUUCAGUAGCAAACAUUACUGAAUGCGUAUGUGGAGUAUUGAGAGAUAACUCUGAGAGAAUAAGCGGAAUCAGGUAAUAUCGCUUAUAAUCGUGCACAAUUCCAAGAAAGAAAAGAAGAAAAAAAAA